CAAUAAUGAACACAAGAUCGUAUCUUAUUGAAUUUACGUGGGGUACUGUAACAUUGAUUCCAUACCCAACAUCAUAAUUGCUUUGGUCAUAUCUCAAGUGGGGAAAAGAAUCAUUCAAUCAAUUCGAUUGUGAAAUCACUAUCAGAAUGGCUGGAUGCUGCAUCAUCACAGAAAGCAUCUGGAACCCUCCUGCACACAACAAUGUCCCCCUUAUAUGAUCAUAACCUCAAGACCCAGAUUGAUUAUUGUCAUUUUUAUUGUGGAAAAACAGCCUGUUAACAGAUGGGAGAAAAAAGAAGACAUUUUGGAAUUAGUUGUUACAAUUUAUGCAAUGAGGGAGAAGAGAGUAACAGUGGAAGAUCUUAUAGUUUCAGUAGCAGCUUCCUACCUCCCUUGGGGGUCGCUACAAGUAAUUGGAGACUCCAGCUUAGGAAGAACAUUAUUUCUCCCUUUGAACCUUGGUACAGGUGGUGGUGUUUAUUUCUGAUUGUACUGGUCAUUUACUCUGCAUGGAUUUCACCAUUCGAGCUAGCCUUUGUUCCAAAGCCUGGGAAGGCAUUGAUUGUGAUGGACAAUGUGGUCAAUGGCUUCUUCUUCAUUGAUAUUAUCAUGACAUUCUUCGUUGCGUACUUGGAUAGAACUACUUAUCUAUGGGAAGAUAAACCCAAGAACAUUGCCAUCAGGUAUCUUAAGACUUGGUUUCUAUUCGAUGUGAUUUCUACAGUUCCAUUUCACGAGGCCACUUCCUAUAUAUUCAGUGGAAAGCACAAGUGGGGGAUCUCCUAUGGUCUUUUAGAAAUGACCCGUUUAUGGCGUUUGAGGAGGGUUAGUGCACUAUUUGCCAGGUUAGAGAAGGACGUGCGCUUGAAUUACUUCUGGACAAGAUGCAUAAAGCUUAUUUGUGUGACCCUUUUUGCUGUCCAUUGUGGUGGGUGUUUCUACUACCUACUGGCAAGGCGGAAUUCUGACCCCAAAAGCACCUGGAUUGGUAAUGCAUAUCCAAACUUCAAGCAGGAAAGCCUCUGGACUCUAUAUGUCUCCUCCAUGUACUGGUCUAUAACAACCUUAAGUACUGUGGGAUAUGGAGACCUCCAUGCUAAAAACACUGGAGAAAUGGUUUUCACUAUAGCGUACAUGCUCUUCAAUCUUGGGUUACAAGCGUAUUUGAUUGGCAAUAUGACCAAUCUUGUUGUCCAUGGCACUAAUAGGACAUUUAACUUUAGAGAUGCAUUGAAUGCUACCUCAGAUUUCUGCGACAGAAACAGGCUGCCACAGACACUAAAAGAACAGAUUCUUGGACACAUGAGGCUCAAGUUCAAGACCGAAGCUUUGCAGCAGCAAACUGUAGCAGGCCUUCCCAGGGCAAUUCAGUCUACCAUAGCACAACAUUUGUUUUACUCAAUAACGCAAAAAGUCUAUCUCUUUCAUGGAGUUUCAGAUGAUUUCAUUAUGCAGAUGGUGACAGAGAUGGUGGCAGAGUAUAUUCCUCCUAGAGAAGAUGUAAUUCUUCAAAAUGAUAUUCCAUCUGAGCUAUAUAUAGUUGUUUCUGGAGCAGCUGAUUUAAUCUUUACGGAUCGUUCAAAUUCAGAAAAGAUUCUCCAAUCAGCUGCGCCAGGGGAUAUAGUUGGAGAGAUCGGAAUCCUGUUCAAUAUUCCACAGCCAUUUACAGUCAGAACAAGGAAGCUUUCUCAACUUCUAAGACUUAAUAGGAACGUUUUGACCAAUCUGAUACAUUUAAAUAUUUCAGAUGGAAGGACUAUUGCCAGCAACCUUUUUGAGCAUCUGAAGCAGCUUAAAGGAGCAAUUUUAGAGCAUCUGCCAUCCGAAAUACAGUCUGCUUAUACAGAAAGGGAUGCAGAUUUGCCAGUAAGCCUCAGUUAUCUAGCUUCAAAGGGGAAUGCCCGAUUCAUGGAAGAACUUCUGAAAAGAGGAUACAAUCCUAAUGAUACAAAUUAUAAUGGCCGCACUCCUCUGCAUAUUGCAAGUGCUUAUGGAUUCAUGGACUGUGUGCAAUUGCUGCUUGAUUAUGGAGCGGAUCCCAAUACUAGAGAUGAAGAAGGAAUCACAGCCCUUCAUUUAGCUGUCUCUGAGGGAAAAGAAGAAACUGUAAAGUUGCUCUUGGAUAACGGGGCAGACAUGACCCUACCAGAUGUCAAUGAUCAGACACCCAUUGACCUAGCUGAGCAGCAGUCACACAAGAGAAUCCUUACAUUGCUACCAAAUACUCAAAAAUUGUUUGAAUGCAAUCAUGUAAGGGGUCCCUUUGUAAAAUCUCCUUCUAAUAAAGUUCUUAUCAAGGAACAGAUUGGCCUCAGAGUACAAAACCUAAACCAAAUUCAAAAAAGUACAACAUUCCCUCUGGUCAGCAACCAUGCUAUUCCUUUGCCUGCAAUUAAUUCGUUCCAGAAUAAGCAUAUUGAAAAACUGGAUGAUUUUCACCAUUCAUUGUUUGGCAUGUUUGCACGGGAGAUGAGCAUGAUUUCUGCAACCAAGGAUCCGAACUUCAACUCAAGCUCCAACUCUUUGCAUCCUCGAUCAGUUGCAGGUUCACCCAAAAGAGUAACAAUACACUUAUCUCAUCCAAGCACUCAGAAAUCAGAUAUACUACGAAGAAAAUUGAUUGCUUUGCCACCCUCACUGGAGGAACUAUUGCAAGUAGCAGGGCAAACAUUUGGAUACAGAGCAGCUAUCGUACUGAGCCAAGAUGGUGCAGAGAUCGAUGAUAUCAAUGUAAUCAGGGACAAUGAGCAUUUAUAUUUUUGUUAAUUAAUUUUAUAAGAUCAGUUUCAAAUAGCAAUAUAAAAAAGAUCAGAUGAUCAUCUUGAUCUGACAAUAUAGCAAAGAUAAGGGUUAAUCUGGAAUUAGCAAAUAUGAAAAGGAGUAUUAAUUUAUAUACUACAUUACGGUUUUGCAAAAAUUGUAAUGUUCGCCUUACAUCAUUCGAAUUUUACAUUAACCUGGACUCAACAAUGUUUUAUUGAUA